UCACUUGAAAUUACGCGUACAGUCCCUUUAUGUUCAAGUGAAAAACUAAUUCUCGUCAUUCUGUGUCGAUUUUUAAACCUAACUGAAAAAAAUCACAUUUUCUUGACUUUGUAGUGUUUGAAAAUUCCGCGUGAUUGACAACAUUACGCUUAAUUUCUUAUAUUUAUUUAUUUAUUUAUUUUCUCAACCUUUUUAGAAAGGAAAAAUAGCAGUACAAAGCUUAGUUUUAUGAUCUAUAAAAGUUGUCUAGCUUGUAGCACGGUUAUUAAUUUAAAACUAGCCGGGCCCCCUAAAAAUGUAAUUUCAGAAAUAAAAAUAAAAAUGGGAAAGAAAGUGAAAGCCGCGUCUGCCCGAAAACCGGUUCCUGCAAAGAUUGAAAAAAUUUCUAAAAGCAAGAAACCGAUGUCCGUUGUCACAAAGGAAACUAUAGAUAAGGUUCUGCCGAGUGUGGAGACGGACGCGGUAUUGAAGGAGAUUAGCGUGAAGAGCCAGGCGGCGGAGAGGAAGGAGGAAAAGGAGGAGGGGGCUCAUGAGAAGGUGAAAGUCAAGAGGAAGGAUUCCCUAAUCAAGAGUACAGAGAAGAAUGCUAAAAAGCUGAAGAAGGAUUCAGUAGAAAAGGAGAAUACUGAAACUAUCCCAGCUGACCCCGAGCUACAGGAUAAAUCCUACCUUUCCCUCGACAACCCAGCAGAGGACGACAAAAAGAUCAAGGUUCCGUCUUAUUCCUACAAGAAAAACAGAGGAGUAGUUUAUAUCAGUCACAUCCCUCACGGGUUCUACGAGGCCCAGAUGAGGGAGUUCUUCUCUCAGUUCGGGACCAUUACAAACCUCAGGUAUAUACAUUACUAGCUUGGGAACCCAGCA